GAGCCCGAGAGGGGUGGGGUGAUGCUGUUGCCGCCGCCGCUGCUGCUGCUGCUGCUUCCGUAGCUGCUGCUUGCUGAGCCCCCACUCCAAAUGAAGAGCGAUGCCACAGUGUCUGGCCACCACCCUAGUGAUCUGCUUUGGAGACAAAGCCCGUGAGUGAGCGUCUCUCCUCUCUCCUAGUUCUCUCCAGCAGCCCCAGGUACCCAGCACCGGAUGGACGCCUGUUAGGAGCCCUGAUUCAGCAUUGAUCAUAGACAGGUUCAAGCACUGCUCCUGCUUCCACCUGUGGAUCUGCGUCGAUAACUUCUGUGCCUCCAGCUCCCUGUGAGACACCUGCGCCAGGUCAUUGGACCUGCCCUGACAACAGUUUCUGGGGAAAGAGAAUGAAAGAAGGCAUGUCUAAUAACAGCACAACCAGUAUCUCUCAAGCCCGAAAAGCUGUGGAGCAACUCAAAAUGGAAGCCUGUAUGGACAGGAUAAAGGUCUCCAAGGCUGCGGCAGAUCUACUGGCAUAUUGUGAUGCCCACAUCCGAGAAGACCCCCUUAUCAUACCAGUGCCUGCAUCAGAAAACCCCUUCAGAGAGAAAAAGUUCUUUUGUACCAUUCUCUGAGUCCAUUUGUAAUGCAAGUGUCCCCUUUUCUGUCUGUGAAAACCUCCCAUAGAAAUUAUGCAUGCUUUUAGCAUUAGAGGAUAAUAGAGAAGAUUAUUACUCUUCUUGCUGUCUAACUCAAAAUGGCCUAGGGUGCUGUGCUUUUUAAAUUGACUUAUUAAAGAAGCAGUGUACAUUUUUACAGCAAAUGAUACAUGUGCCAAGUAGAAUUAAACAUGGGGCUAGGGGUUGGGUUUUUUUUUUUAAUCAUUAUAAAUCCCAAAGUUAAAAUGCAUUAAGUUAAUUCAUUUCAGUGAAUAUGGUUACUGGGGAUGAGCACUGUUUUUUCAUGGAGGAAAGAAAAUUGCAGCCAAGAAUCUUCAUUAUAUAUCCAAUUAAAGACCUUUGGACCAACUGUACCAUUUUUAUUUCCUUUCCUGGAGAGAAUGUAAGUCCUGGCUAAUCUAGAUCAUCUCUAUUUCCUAUCCCAUCCUCCUCUUUGAGAGAUAAGAGAAACGAGGAUUGACUUGUUCUCCCUCAUUUGCAUCCCAUGGAGGCUCUGUGCCUCUCUGACGUACACACCCUAUGUGGAGCGACCUUUGUCUUUCCUGUAGCACUGCCUGCUGUUAGUUGUUCUGUAAAUGCCCUUUCUGCAACUGUGGAAUGUUGAGUGAACACUAGAGUAAAUUUGACUAUAAAUCCAA